CUGGAGGAACUGGGUGCUCUUGCUUGCUGUCCCCUCGCGCUUGAGGAUAAAUCUCAGGCUAAGAAAUGGCAUUUCAGAAGGCAGUGAAAGGGACUAUUCUUGUUGGAGGAGGUGCUCUUGCAACUGUUUUAGGACUCUCUCAAUUUGCUCAUUACAGAAGGAAGCAAGUGAACCUGGCCUACGUUGAAGCAGCAGAGUACAUUUCAGAACCUGUUAACAGAGAGCCUCCGUCCAGAGAAGCUCAGCUACUGACUUUGCAAAACACGUCUGAAUUUGAUAUCCUUGUUAUUGGAGGAGGAGCAACAGGAAGCGGUUGUGCACUAGACGCGGUCACCAGAGGACUAAAAACAGCCCUUGUAGAAAGAGAUGAUUUCUCAUCAGGGACCAGCAGCAGAAGCACUAAAUUGAUCCAUGGUGGUGUGAGGUAUCUUCAGAAGGCCAUCAUGAAGUUGGAUAUUGAGCAGUAUAGGAUGGUAAAAGAAGCCCUUCAUGAGCGUGCCAACCUACUAGAAAUUGCUCCCCAUUUAUCAGCUCCAUUGCCUAUAAUGCUUCCAGUUUACAAAUGGUGGCAGUUACCAUACUACUGGGUAGGAAUCAAGCUAUAUGAUCUGGUUGCAGGAAGUAAUUGCCUGAAAGGCAGUUAUGUCCUCAGCAAAUCAAGAGCCCUUGAACAUUUCCCAAUGCUCCAGAAGGACAGACUGGUAGGAGCAAUUGUCUACUAUGACGGACAGCACAACGAUGCACGGAUGAACCUUGCCAUCGCUCUGACUGCUGCCAGGUAUGGGGCUGCCACCGCCAAUUACAUGGAGGUGGUGAGCUUGCUCAAGAAGACGGACCCUCAGACAGGGAAAGUGCGCGUGAGCGGCGCGCGCUGCAAGGAUGUCCUCACAGGGCAGGAAUUUGAUGUGAGAGCCAAAUGUGUUAUCAAUGCUACGGGACCUUUCACAGACUCUGUGCGCAAAAUGGAUGAUAAGGACGCUGCAGCUAUCUGCCAGCCCAGCGCUGGCGUCCAUAUUGUGAUGCCCGGUUAUUACAGCCCAGAGAGCAUGGGACUUCUCGACCCAGCGACCAGUGAUGGGCGAGUUAUUUUCUUCUUACCCUGGCAAAAGAUGACUAUCGCUGGCACUACUGAUACCCCAACUGAUAUUACACACCAUCCCAUUCCUUCAGAAGAAGAUAUCAACUUCAUUUUGAAUGAAGUGCGUAAUUACCUGAGUUCUGAUGUUGAAGUGAGAAGAGGGGACGUCCUGGCAGCAUGGAGUGGUAUCCGGCCCCUUGUUACAGAUCCCAAGUCUGCAGAUACUCAGUCCAUCUCCCGAAAUCAUGUUGUUGACGUCAGUGAGAGUGGCCUUAUCACUAUAGCAGGUGGGAAGUGGACAACAUACCGAUCUAUGGCAGAAGAUACCAUAAAUGCUGCUAUCAAGACUCACAAUUUGAAAGCAGGACCAAGUAGAACAGUUGGGCUUUUCCUUCAAGGGGGUAAAGAUUGGAGCCCCACACUCUAUAUUAGGCUUGUCCAGGAUUAUGGACUUGAAAGUGAGGUGGCACAGCAUCUUGCCACCACCUAUGGUGAUAAGGCUUUCGAGGUGGCCAAAAUGGCAAGUGUGACUGGCAAGAGAUGGCCCAUUGUUGGAGUGCGGCUUGUGUCAGAAUUUCCAUAUAUCGAGGCAGAGGUGAAAUAUGGGAUUAAGGAGUAUGCCUGCACCGCGGUGGAUAUGAUUUCUCGCCGCACGCGCCUGGCCUUUCUAAAUGUCCAGGCAGCCGAGGAAGCCCUACCCAGGAUUGUUGAGCUGAUGGGCAGAGAACUGAAUUGGGAUGAUUAUAAGAAAGAGGAAGAACUUGAAACAGCCAAGAAGUUUCUGUAUUAUGAAAUGGGCUAUAAAUCUCGAUCAGAACAGUUAACAGAUCGCUCUGAAAUUAGCCUACUGCCUUCAGACAUUGACAGGUACAAGAAGAGAUUUCAUAAGUUUGAUGCAGACCAAAAAGGCUUUAUUACCAUUGUUGAUGUUCAGCGUGUAUUAGAGAGUAUCAAUGUCCAAAUGGAUGAAAAUACACUACAUGAAAUUCUGAAUGAAGUAGAUUUGAACAAAAAUGGACAGGUUGAACUGAAUGAAUUUUUGCAGCUGAUGAGUGCUAUUCAGAAAGGAAGGGUGUCUGGAAGCCGGCUUGCUAUACUAAUGAAAACUGCAGAAGAGAACCUUGAUAGAAGAGUUCCAAUUCCAGUGGACCGUAGUUGUGGAGGAUUGUGA